AUGCUUAUAGCCCAAAGCCGCCAAAAGAGUUAUGCUUAUCAGAGGCGAAAGGCUUUGGAGUUUGAAGAAGGAGAACAUGUCUUUCUGAAAGUUACACCAACCACUAGACUUCGGAAGUAUACUGCUGAUGCAAGUCAUGUUCUAGAACCAGAACCAAUCCAGGUAAAAGAAGAUCCAACACUUCCAAUAAUUCCAGUGAGAAUUGAUGAUACUAGUAUUAAACGAUUACGCAGGAAGGAAGUAUCAUUAGUAAAAGUAGCUUGGAGUCGAGCUGGUAUCGAGGAACAUACCUGGGAGCUCGAAUUAGAUAUGCAAAAGGACUAUCCACAUCUCUUUUCAGGUAACUAG